CUGACCCGGAGGCAGCACUAUGGUUCUCAUUUUGAAUCUAACCUGCAGGCAGCGCAUCAGGUCCAUGUUCUACCACGCUUAUGACAGCUACCUCAGCAACGCCUUCCCCUAUGAUGAGCUCCGCCCACUCACCUGUGAUGGACAGGACACCUGGGGCAGCUUCUCUCUGACUCUGAUCGACGCCCUCGACACGUUAUUGGUACUAGGAAACCGGACAGAGUUUCAACGUGUGGCGUCCCUUCUCCAGGACACCGUAGACUUCGACAUCGACGUCAAUGCGUCCGUGUUUGAAACCAAUAUCAGAGUUGUGGGCGGUCUGCUGUCUGCUCACCUGCUGGCGGGUCGGGCCGGGAUGGAGCUGGAGCCCGGAUGGCCAUGUUCUGGACCGCUGCUGAGGAUGGCCGAGGACGCAGCCAGGAAGCUGUUGCCGGCCUUUGAGACGCCUACAGGGAUGCCCUACGGUACUGUGAACCUGAUGAACGGGGUCAGUCCCACUGAGACACCGGUCACCUGUACCGCUGGCGUUGGAACCUUCAUCUUGGAGUUUGCCAUGCUGACCCGACUAACUGGAGACCCAGUCUUUGAGAAUUCUGCUCGCCGGGCCUUGAAUGCUCUUUGGAGCACCAGAUCUGACAUUGGACUGGUGGGGAACCACAUCGACAUUGUGACCAGGAAGUGGGUGGCCCAGGAUGCCGGGAUCGGUGCCGGAGUUGAUUCUUAUUUUGAGUAUCUGGUGAAAGGAGCUAUCUUGCUGCAGGACAAGGAACUUCUCAGCAUGUACCAUGCGUAUAACAGAGCCAUUCAGAACUACACCCGCUUCGAUGACUGGUACCUGUGGGUCCAGAUGCACAAAGGAACCGUAACAAUGCCAGUGUUCCAGAGCCUUGAGGCGUUCUGGCCCGGCCUGCAGUCUCUACUGGGCGAUCUGGACAGUGCUGUGAGAACCUUCCAAAACUAUUACUCUGUGUGGAGACAGUUUGGAGGACUGCCAGAGUUCUACAGCAUCACCCAGGGUUACACUGUUGACAAGAGGGAAGGGUACCCACUGAGACCAGAGCUAAUAGAGAGCGCCAUGUACCUGUUCAGAGCCACAGGGGACCACACCUACCUGCAGUUUGGCCUUGAUGCCCUGGAGUCCAUCGAGCAGAUUGCCAAGACGCCCUGCGGCUACGCCAGCGUCAAAGAUCUCAGGGAUCAUCAGCUGGACAACCGCAUGGAGUCCUUCUUUCUCGCUGAAACCAUCAAAUACCUCUACUUGCUAUUUGACCCCACCCACUUCCUUCAUGGCGCAGGAAUGGAGGGGGAGGGUUCCUGGGAGGAGGGGGGGGACAGCGGCCAGUGUGUUUUAGGGGCGGGGGGCUUUAUCUUCAACACAGAGGCUCAUCCUCUCGACCCAGCGGCACUCCACUGUUGCAGCCUUCAUAACCAAGAGCGCCAGGAGCUCCAGGAUAUCCUGCUCAGCCUGACGCAGCCCGAUGGCCAAUCGGCGCGGCCCGCCAGUCAGACCCAGGACCCCCCCAGCCAAUCAGAAAGCAUUGCUCUGAAGCCGGGUGAGAAGAAGGCUCGGCCUGUGCUGUCCUGCCCCGUACAGCCGUUCAGUGCCCGGCUGUCCGUUUUGGGGCAGGUGUUCUCUGAUAUACCUGAAGAAGGAUAACUGGCGACAUGGACCUCACCCUGGAAGGUUGUGGUUAAGGGCCCCGCAGGGUGAAAGGCAUCUGCACCGACCUGAACCGUCCUCAGGAAGUCAAAUGUUUAUUUCUGGGCCUUGGAUUAAAGGAUUAUUUUUAUUUC